CGGGCCAAUCAGACGCACGCCGGGGAAGGACGCACGGCUGCCAGCCGAGCGAGUCGAUGAGGACGCGCGAGACGCCCCGCGCCCGCUGAAGCGCUCGAGCGCCCCGGCAGGCGGCUCGCCAUCUUUUUCAGCUGGAGGGCCUUCAUGCAGGAUGCUGUAUUCUCUGCUCCUUUGUGAAUGUCUGUGGUUGAUAACCGGUUAUGCUCAUGAUGAUGACUGGAUUGACCCCACAGACAUGCUUAACUAUGAUGCUGCUUCAGGAACAAUGAGAAAGUCUCAGGUAAAACAUGGUGUAUCAGAGGAAAAAGAAGUCAGUCCUGACUUGUCACAUGCUGAUGAAUUGUUGGAAUGUUAUAGCAAACUUGAUUCUUUAACUCAUAAGAUCGAUGAGUGUGAAAAGAAAAAGAAGGAAGACUAUGAAAGUCAAAGCAAUCCUGUUUUUAGGAGAUACUUACAUAAGAUUUUGAUUGAAGCCAGAAAGCUCGGACUCCCUGAAGAAAACAAAGAUGAUAUGCAUUAUGAUGCUGAGAUUAUCCUAAAAAGACAAACCUUGUUAGAAAUACAGAAGUUUCUCAGUGGAGAGGAUUGGAAACCAGGAGCCUUGGAUGAUGCACUAAGUGAUAUUUUAAUUAAUUUUAAGUUUCAUGAUUUUGAAACAUGGAAGUGGCGAUUUGAAGACUCCUUUGGAGUGGAUCCAUAUAAUCUGUUGAUGGUGCUUCUGUGUCUGCUCUGUAUCGUGGGAUUAGUCGCUACCGAGCUGUGGACGUAUGUGCAUUGGUACACCCAGUUGAGACGUGUGUUAUUCAUCAGUUUCCUCAUCAGUUUGGGAUGGAAUUGGAUGUAUCUAUAUAAGCUCGCGUUCGCGCAGCAUCAGGCCGAGGUUGCCAAGCUGGAGCCGUUGAACAAUGUGUGUGCUGAGAAGAUGGACUGGAUUGGAAGCCUCUGGGAAUUGUUGAGAAGUUCAUGGACCUAUAAGGAUGACCCAUGCCAAAAAUACUACGAGCUCUUAUUAGUCAACCCUAUUUGGUUGGUCCCACCAACAAAGGCACUGGCGGUUACAUUCACCAACUUUGUCACGGAGCCACUGAAACACAUUGGGAAAGGAGCUGGGGAAUUUAUUAAAGAGUUCAUGAAGGAGAUCCCAGCAUUACUUCACAUUCCAGCGCUGAUCAUUAUGGCAUUAGCUGUCCUGGGUUUCUGCUAUGGUGCUGGAAAAUCAGUUAAUAUGCUGAGACAUUUAGGUGGUCCUGAAAGAGAACCACCCCGGGCACUUGAGCCAGCUGAUAGAGGACGGCUACAGGAAGUUGGUGAUAGACCCCAUGGUGGAGCAGGUGAUGCACGUUUCCCUUAUAGAGGCCACAUCAGCCCCUUUGAGCGAGGCCCUUAUGACAGAACAUAUGAGGGUAGAAGAGAUGGUAUGAGAGAGAGAGAUGUUGACUUGAUACCUAGGACUGGCACCAAGAGCCCCGAAGUGCUCCGGCCAUGCGAUGUACCCCAGGCAGAGGCGAGGGAGCGUCCCACGGUGGUACCCAGUCAUAAAUUACCUGUUUUGGAUACAAAGCCCAAAGAAUUUGGUGGAAUCCAGGGAGAAAGCACACUGCUAGAAAGCAGUACCGAAAGCAGCCAGUCUAGUAGGCCUGUCUCUGGCCCAGACACAUCAGAGAAGGUGGAAGGUUCACCUGCAGAGGAGAAGGCCCAGCUCGGGACUGAUGCCAGAGGCAGCCCAGAGGAAGGCAGCGCGUCCAGGCCAGCCAGCGGUGGGAAGGAUCUGGAGAGUGGCCCAUGUGGCUAGAGGAGCACACCCUCGGACCACAGCUCAGAGGUCAUCUUUGGGUUUUGUAAAGUAUACUCUUCAUAACUAUUUGCUCUUCUCUACAAAUAUUCUGACAUUUACUACCCUACAGAUGCCAACUUAAACAUGAAUAUUUUUAUUGACCGUCAGAACUAACGAAUACCCAUGUAUUUCUGUUUAAUUUUUAUCGUUUGUGUAAUUUCAUUUUCAUAUUGGUACCUCCUGUGGAGUUUGUGGUGUUGAUUUUGGAACAGGAUCUCAUAGAUGAACAUAUGGCAAGCAUCACUGAUUUCAGAUAAGAGGCCAGUUUGAAUCAGGAAACAUUGAAAAAUAAGUUUUAUGGUUCACACGCAUACCAACUAGCCGACGUGUGUGUUGCCUAGUGGAUGUCCUGUAAUACCUACUUUAGUUAAUGAUGUUAGUUGUGCACUGGAUUUGAUAGGUUUCCAAAAGUGGUAGGUACUCAGAAACUAUUUUAAGGAAAGUCCACUGUCGUAAGCUUUACCCUUUUCAUGCACUUCAGCGUCUUACUGCAGUCACGGAGUCUGGGUCCCCUUGUCUCUGCGGAGGCUGCCCCAGCUCAUCAUGGCUUCGUCGUUGCGAAUCCUGCCUCCAUCGCUCAACUCUUCCAGUGCUGACUGGGCCUGCUUCCUUGUCGCCCCUUUUUACCCUCAGCUAAGACAGACCUGAAGAUGGCCAGGAGAAUUUAGUUACCACAGUUUGUUAAUUGGUGAUCUUGGUCUUACAUAGUCAGUAGACGGAGAAUAGCUUUACCCUUUCCCCACCAAGUACAUACUUUACACAUUGGUCGAGUACAAUAUUUUUGCUAAACAGCGUAAUUUCUCUAUGUCCCUGGUUAAGUAUAAAAAAAUGCCAUUGCCAAUUAAGAUUUUAAAAAAUUACCUCAGCAAGAGGAUGUAAAAUUUAUUAAUAUUAUUUUCUAGUUUAAUAUUGCAAACAUCUUUAGUAAUUCAUCAGAAAGGUAGUAGUUCUUUCCAGAAAAAGCAACAGGAUUUUAUAGAAAAAUUUGCAACACAAUUAGGUAUGGGACAAAUGAACUAAUGCAAGGAUGCCUGCAGCUUGGAGUGGAUUCGUGAACAUUGGUGCAUAUUAAGUCCUCCCUGACGGCCAGACCUGUUCACACUAAUUGGUAAAUAUGUGCCCAGGAUGGUAGUUGUCCUCUGAGCUGUGACGGGAUUCUGAAGAGCAAUGAAUGCCUCAGGUGACGGACUAACUGUGAGAGUGGAGUUAAUGCUGUUUGAACUCCUAACUACUUUUUAUCCAAAAAUGAAUCUGUAAAGAAUUAAGUAGAAUUUCAUCUUUGUAUUCUUUCAUUACAGAUAGCCGUUUGGGGAUGCAGUCCACUUGGACAGCUAGCGAGGCAACAUACCACUGCUGUUGAAUGAUGACGGCAAUUUAGGGAAGACACUAAAGCAGACCGAACAGAUCAAGGCCAGUUUAUAACUUGGGGAAAUAGACUUGUUUAUUGUCCAGCCCAUAUUUAUCAUUAGAAUCAAGAAUUUUAGCAACAGGCUUUUAGGAAAAUCAGAAUUGGGUAGACAGCUUUAUAAAAGCAGUGUUUAAGUGGAAUAGAUAAUGUUGAAUGUUUACAGGGUCUAAGAACUAUUGUAUACACAAAAUAAACACCUAUUUUUACAUUAUUGUAAUUUGAUAUGCUGUCUUCGCUCAUUGAAUAUGCUGGUAAGAAAAAACCCCAUGAUACUUACGUGCAGGUUUUUUUUUCUUUUUUUUUUAAAGAUUUUAUUUGCGAGAGAGAGAAUGAGAGACAGAGAGCAUGAGAGGGAGGAGGGUCAGAGGGAGAAGCAGGCUCCCUGCCGAGCAGGGAGCCCGAUGCGGGACUCGAUCCCGGGACUCCAGGACCAUGACCUGAGCCGAAGGCAGUCGCUCAACCAACUGAGCCACCCAGGCGCCCCUUACGUGCAGUUUUUAAAAGGAUAUUGUCUAGGACGUUCUAUUGUAUAUGUAAUAUAUAAGACAUAAGAUGAUCCGGGUGUUAACUGAGUACUUUUGACAAAAUUUGUCUGACCUUAGAACCAAGAAUAAUCUUUUUUUCCCCUGAGCCUUUGAUGUGAUUCUAGAUCGAGUAACUAUCUUUCUAUUUUAUUUUUGUGAACACUGGCCAUUUGGAGAAGUGGUUCUCACUGCCCACCAAGUCACCUGAAGGAUUUUUAGAAAGAACAGAGCCCCAGAUACCAUCCCAGCUGUGCAGAAUCAGAAGCAACCAGAGGUGAAUGAGUUGCCAACUUGUUCUGGGUAUGGGCAUUUGCGUUCUAGAAUUCACCCUUAGACUAGGCUCUACUCCAUCCCAUCUUACUGUGUUCUUUUCCUAAGCUAACUUUAUGUCAUGUCCUAUUCUAUACCUUUGUAAACUACCUUCAGUUUCUGGGAGGGGGAAGGAAGGCUUAAUGGUGACUGAGGGCUUAACUUAGAUCUUUCAUAUUUAAAUUUUGUGAGUUUUCAUCUGUUUUCUAUUUUCAAGGCCUAGGUUCUUGAUAUAACCACAUGAGUUUUCCGGGUGUUUUGUUUUGUUUUGUUUUGUUUUGACAUUAGGUCUUAAAAAAUUUUACACCAGUGUUUUGUAACAGAAGGUAUAAUUUUAAGCCACACACACACUUUAAAAUUAAAGGGCCCAAAACAUGCUGAAAGUUUAUUUUGAGUUUUUAUAAUGGCUUCGAACUAAUAACAUACUGAAAAUAUGACUUUCUUAACAAAAAAAAGAUCUAGAUUUUUUUAAUAAGACUAACUUUUUUACACAUUGGUCAGGUAAGUUAUUUUUACUAAACAGCAAAAUUUCUCACUACAUCCAUGGUUCAGUAUAGAAGAAUGCCAUUGUCAAUUAAGAUUAAAAAAAAUUAGCAAGAGGAUUAAAUUCUAGUCUAGAUUCAUUUAUCUUCCUACUUUACAAACUCUAGGUAAAGGAAUCUAACAAGUUGCCAAAGAACACAGUUCUGAGCCUUAAUCACAAAAGUUGAUGAAGCACCUUUUAUAAGACUCCUCCACCCUGCAACAAGUGCGUGUCCAGAGGAAUGUUAAUAUCAUACUACUAAAGGUUAAAUAUUUACAUCAUUCUAGAGCAUUUUAAGCUGUAUUACAGUGUUAUAAUUUCUCCUCUUAAGGAAAAAGUAAUAGAUUGAAUUUCCCUUCAGUGUUCUGAAAGGAAAUAAGGUCGUUUUAAAAAAAUACCCAUAAUAACUAGCGGUUUGCUUAUUUUUUUCCUGUAUUUUUAAAUUCCAUCAAAGCAUUACUUUGCAAAAGGUCCUUCAGUUCAAAUUCAGUGUCUCUGUUUUGAUCUCGUUGUAAAAGAACUCUCUGUUCAUCCAUUCUUUUUGCCUGAGAACGUAAAAUCAAGCUAAAAAAGUCCUCAUCUGGUACUGUUGGUCCCUUUGUGGCAGCAGGUGGUGGAGCACAUCUUUGAUCAUCUAAUCUGGACCCCUGAAAAUUGAUGAGAGAGAUUAAAACACAAAUACUUCAUUAAUGUUUGUCAUCACAAGAAAAAAAACUUUUUUUUUGCUUCGUCUCAGAAAUUUAAUCUUCAGACCUGAAACCUGAUAAAACUUUUGCCAUUGGGACGCCUGGGUAGCUCAGUUGUUAAGUGUCUGCCUUCGGCUCAGGUCAUGGUCCCAGGGUCCUGGGAUCGAGCCCCGCAUCGGGCUCCCUGCUCAUUGGGGAGUCUGCUUCUCCCUCUCCCUCUGCCUGCCACUCUGCCUACUUGUGCUAUCUCUCUGUCAAAUAAAUAAAUAAGAUCUUUAGAAAAAAAACAAACUUUUGCCAUGACUUCCAUAAUCAGAAUCUAGCAAGUAUUAUGUAGAAGUGUAACAUCAUGGCUUUGGUAAGAUUAAGAUACAAGGUCAAAUAUUACAGAGUAGGCACUGGCAAAUACAACUUCUCAUAUCCUUAGAAUGUUAGGUACAAAAACCCUGCAGCACUACCUUACAAAUUCUGUGUCAGGCCAGGGGUCAGCAAACCGGAACCCACUUUCUGGGAAGGACCAUUUGGAGAAGUGGUUCUCACUGCCCACCAAGUCACCUGAGGGAUUUUUAGAAAGAACAGAGCCCCAGAUACCAUCCCAGCUGUGCAGAAUCAGAAGCAACCAGAGGUGAAUGAGUUGCCAACUUGUUCUGGGUAUGGGCAUUUGCGUUCUAGAAUUCACCCUUAGACUAGGCUCUACUCUGUCCCAUCUUACUGUGUUCUUUUCCUGUUUUUGUACAUAACGUUUCCUUUUCAUUUCACCACAAUGCUCAUUUGUUGAUGAACUGCGUGUGGCUGCUUGCCAGCUACAACAGCAGAGUUGAGCAGUUGUGACAAAGACCAUGGGGCCUGAAAAGCCUAAAAUGUUCUCUGUCUAGCCCUGUCUUAAGCAUUUAAAUGUGUUAAAUAGCCCAGAUUUUUUCCUUGAAGUUUUAACUUACCGAUCCUUAUUUUAGAAGUACAUUAGAAAUGUUAUUGAUCAACUAAAAAAUAUAAGCACUUAAAAGUGUACAUAGAGUGUCUGGUAUUGUAAGCUCCAGCGUGGGAAUAUGCAGGCUGACGUUGGAGUGCCCACUCUUGCUGGGCACUGUGCACUGACCUGCCUUCACAUUUAACCCCGCAGCCCUGGGACCCUCACAGGCCUCCUCCUGAGCGGCCGCCCCGCCACACACAUGCACCCGGCUCACGCUUCAUUUCUCCUGCCUUUAUGCUGUGGUGAUUUCACUGUCCUCCAACUCAUCCAACACUUGGGCACUGGGGUCCCUAGACCUCUUCUCUUCUGGUCUUCAUUCUUUACCUCUGCCUUAUCCAUUAGCUCCCGUGGUCAUAGGCCAGACUUGGCCACUCUCAGUAAUCGCAUUGUCUUUACAAGCAUGAUUUCAAGCAUCCCAUGUUGACUGCCACCUCCAAUUUUCCAGAUCAGCCUAGACAGUAAUCCCCCAGGAAACUUUUUUUUUAAAUUGUAAAAGUUUGCCACUUUAACCAUUCUUAAAUGUACAGUUUAGUAUUAAGCACAUUCAUCCUGCUGUGUGGUCAUCACCAUCCAUAUCCAGAACAUUUUCAUCUUGUAAAACCAAAACUUGAAACCUUUAAACGGUAGCUCCCAUUCUCCCCUCUCCAGCCCCUGGCAACCACCAUUCUAUUUUGUCUCUAUGAAUCUGACUACUUUACCUCAUAUGAGUGGAACUGUAUAGUAUUUGUCCUCCUCUGACUGCCUGCUUCUCAGCAUAAUGCCUUCGGGGUUCACCCAUGUUGUGGCUUGUUUCAGAAUUUUCCUCAUUUUUAAGGAUGAAAAAUAUUCCACUGUGUAGGUAUAUACAUUUUAUCCACCUACCAAUGGGCACUUGGUUGCCUCUAUCUUUUGGCUAUUGUGAAUAAUGCUGUUUGAACAUUGGUGUACAAAUAUCAUAUCCAUGAUUUCAACUGCUUGGGUUAUAUAUGCCCAGAAAUGAGAUUGUUGGAUAAUAUGGUAAUUUUCAACUUUCUAAGGAACCACCAUACUUUUUUUUUUUUUUUUUUAAAGAUUUUAUUUAUUUGAGAGAGAAAGAGAGCACAAGCAGGGAGAGUGGCAGGCCGAGGGAGAGGGAGAAGCAGGCUUCCCGCUGAGCAGGGAGCCUGACGCGGGGCUCCAUCCCAGGACCUUGGGAACAUGACCUGAGCCAAAGGCAGACGCUUAACCGACUGAGCCACCCAGGCGCCCCUUGUUUUUUUUUUUUUUAACAUUUAAGCUGAGUUUUAAUCUUGAGAAUUUCUUAAAGGCAGUCUUGGUUUCCAUUGUCUCAUUAUUCAGUUUUUCAUCAGGCUUGCUGACAAGGAACACUGUUAAGCUUAUUUUUUUCUUUUAAUUUAAAUUCAAUUAAUUAACAUAUUACUAGUUUCAUAAGUAGAGUCCAAGGAUUCUUCAGUUGUAUAUAACACCCAGUGUUUAUUACAUCACAUGCCCUCCUUAAUGUCCAUCUCCCAGUUACCCCAUCCCUCCAAUCUCCUCCCCUCUAGUAACCCUGUUUGUUUCCUAUAGUUAAGAGUCUUUUAUGGUUUGUCUCCCUCUGAUUUUGUCUUAUUUCUCCCUCCCUUCCCCUAUGAUCCUGUUAAUAAUAAAUUCCACUAUGAGUGAGAUCAUAUAAUUGUUUCUCUGAUUGACUUAUUUCACUUAGCGUAAUACCCUCUAGUUCCAGCCACAGCACUGUAAAUGGCGAGAUUUAAUUUUUUUUGAUGGCUGAGAGUAUUCCAUUGUGUAUAUAUAUACCACAUCUUCUGUAUCCAUUCAUCUGUCAAUGGACAUCUGGGAUCUUUCCAUAGUUUAGGCUAUUGUGGACAAUGGUGCCAUAAACAUUGGAGUGCAGGUGCCCCUUCGGAUCACUACAUUUGUAUCUUUGGGGUAAAUACCCAGUAGUACAAUUGCUGGGUCGUACAGUAGCUCUAUUUUCAACUUCUUGAGGAACCUCCAUACUGUUUUCCAGAGGGGCUGCGCCAGCUUGCAUUCCCACCAACGGUGUGAGAGGGUUCCCCUUUCUCCACAUCCUCACCAACAUCUGUCAUUUCCUGACUUGUUAAUUUUAGCCAUUCUGACUAAAUGGCUGACCUGGUGUGAGGUAGUAUCUCAUUGUGGUUUUUUUUUUUUUUUUUUUUAAGAUUUUAUUUAUUUAUUUGACAGAGAGCGAGAGCAGGAACACAAGCAGGGGGAGUGGGAGAGCGAGAAGCAGGCUCCCCGCCAGGCAGGGAGCCCGACACGGGACUCGAUCCCAGGACCCUGGGAUCAUGACCUGAGCUGAAGGCAGACGCUUAACGACUGAGCCACCCAGGCGCCCUCUCAUUGUGGUUUUGAUUCAUAUUUUCCUGAUGCUGAGCAUUUUUUCAUGUGUCUGUUGGUCAUUUAUAUGUUGCCUUUGGAGAAAUGUCUGUUCAUGCCUUCUGCCCAUUUAAAAAAAAAAAUUUUUUUUUUUUUUUUUAAAGAUUUUAUUUAUUUAUUCAUGAGAGACAGAGAGAAACAGAGGGAGAAGCAGGCUCCCAAGGAACGGGAAGCCCGAUGCGGGACUUGAUCCCAGCACCCUGGGAUCAUGACCUGAGCCGAAGGCAGACACUUAACCAUCUGAGCCACCCAGGUGCCCUAAAAAAAAUUUUUUUUAAAAGAUUUUAUUAGCAAGCGCACAAGCAGGGAGAGCUGCAGAGGGAGAGGGAGAAGCAGGUUCCCUGCUGAGCAGGGAGCCCGGCAGGGGGCUUGAUUCUAGGACCAGAUCUGAUCAUGACCAGAGCCGAAGGCAGAUGCUGAACCUGAGCCACCCAGGCACCCCUCUUCUGUCCAUUUCUUGAUUGGAUUAUGUGUUCUUUAGGUGUUGAGUUUGAUAAGUUCUUUACAGAUUUUGGAUACUAGCCCUUUAUCUGAUAUGUCAUUUGCAAAUAUCUUCUCCCAUUCUGUCAGUUGUCUUUUGGUUUUGUCGACUGUUUUCCUUUGCUGUGCAGAAGCUUUUUACCUUGAUGAAGUCCCAAUAGUUCAUUUUUGUCUUUGUUUCCCUUGCCUUUGGAGACGUGUCUAGCAAGAAGUUGCUGUGGCCGAGAUCACAGAGGUUGUUGCCUGUGUUCUCCUCUAGAAUUUUGAUGGAUUCCUGUCUCACAUUUAGGUCUUUCAUCCAUUUUGAUGUAUGGUGUAAGAAAAUGAUCCAGUUUCAUUCUUCUGCAUGUGGCUGUCCAAUUUUCCCACCAUCAUUUGUUGAAGAGAUGGGUUUUUUCCCAUUGGGUAUUCUUUCCUGCUUUGUCGAAGAUUAGUUGACCAUAGAGUUAAGGGUCCAUUUCUGAGUUUUCUAGUCUGUUCCAUUGAUCUAUGUGUCUGCUUUUGUGCCAGUACCAUACUGUCUUGAUGAUGACAGCUUUGUAAUACAGCUUGAAGUCCAGGACUGUGAUGCCACCAGCUUUGGUUUUCUUUUUCAACACUCCUUUGGCUAUUUGGGGUCUUUUGUGGUUCCAUACAAAUUUUAGGAUUAUUUGUUCCAGCUCUGUGAGAAAAGUUGAUAGUAUUUUGAUAGGGAUUGUAUUGGAUGUAUAGAUUACCCUAGGUAGCACAGACAUUUUAACAAUAUUUGUUUUUCCAUUUCUUUGUGUCUUCCUCAGUUUCCUUCAGGAGUGUUUUAUAGUUUUCUGAGUGCAGAUCCUUUGCCUCUUUGGUUAAGUUUAUUCCCAGGUAUCUUAUGGUUUUGGGUGCAAUUGUAAAUGGGAUCGACUGCUUAAUUUCUCUUCCUUCUUUUUCAGUGUAUAGAAAUGCAGGUGAUUUCUGUGUACUGAUUUUACAUUCUGCCACUUUGCUAAUUCCUGUAUGACUUUUCCACAUAGAGUAUCAUGUCAUCUGCAAAGAGUGAGAGUUUGACUUCUUCUUUGCCAAUUCGGACGCCUUUUAUUUCUUUUUGUUUUCUGAUUACUGAGGCUAGGAUUUCUAGUACUAUGCUGAACAGUGUUAAGAGUGGACAUCCCUGUCGUUUUCCUGACCUUAGGGGAAAAGCUUUCAGUUUUUCCCCAUUGAGAAUGAUACUCACUGUGGGCUUUUCGUAUAUGGCUUUUAUGAUAUUCUCUAUUCCUACAUUGUGAAGAGUUUUAAUCAAGAAAGGAUGCUGUACUUUGUCAGAUGCUCUUUCUGCAUCUAUUGAGAGGAUCAUAUGGUUCUUGUUCUUUCUUUUAUUAAUGUAUCACAUUGAUUUGCAGAUGUUGAGCCAACCUUGCAGCCCAGGGAUAAAUCCCACUUGGUCAUGGUGAAUAAUCCUUUUAAUGUACUGUUGGAGCUUAUUGGCUAGUAUCUUGGUAAGAAUUUUGCAUCCAUAUUUACCAGGGAUAUUGGUCUGUAAUUCUUUUUAGUGGGGUCUUUGGUUUUGGAAUCAAGGUAAUGUUGGCUUCACAGAAUGAGUUUGGAAGUUUUCCUUCCAUUUCUAUUUUUUGAAACCGUUUCAGAAGAAUAGGUGUUAAUUCUUCUUUAAAUGCUUGGUAGAAUUCCCCUGGGAAGCCAUCUGGCCCUGGACUCUUGUUUGUUGGGAGAUUUUUGAUGACUGCCUCAAUUUCCUUGCUGGUUAUGGGUCUGUUCAGGUUUUCUAUUUCUUCCUGGUUCAGUUUUGGUAGUUUAUAUGCCUCUAGGAAUACAUCCAUUUCUUCCAGAUUGCCUGAAUUGUUGGCAUAUAGUUGCUCAUCAUACGUUCUUACAAUUGUUUAUAUUUCGUUAGUGUUGGUUGUGAUCUCUCCUCUUUCAUUCAUGAUUUUAUUAAUUUGGGUCCUUUUUGAUAAGUCUGGCUAGGGGUUUAUUGAUCUUAAUAACUCUUUCAAAGAACAAGCUCCUAGUUUCGUUGAUCGGCUCUACUGUUCUUUUGAUUUCUAUUUCAUUGAUUUCUGCUCUAAUCUUUAUUAUUUCUCUUCUCCUGCUGGGUUUAGGCUUUAUUUGCUAUUCUUUCUUAAGCUCCUUUAGGUGUAAGGUAAGGUUGUAUAUUUGAGACCUUUCUUACUUUUUGAGAAAGGCUUGUAUUGCUACAUACUUCCCUCUUAGGACCGCCUUUGCUGCAUCCCAAAGGUUUUUUCAUUUUCCAUUUGUUUCUAUGAAUUUUAAAAAUUCUUCUUUAAUUUCCUGGUUGACCCAUUCAUUCUGUAGUAGGAUACUCUUUAACCUCCAAGUAUUUGAGUUCUUUCCAAAUUUCCUCUUGUGAUUGAGUUCCAGUUUCAAAGCAUUGUGGUCCAAAAAUAUUCAGGGUAUCCCAGUCUUUUGGUACCAGUUGAGACCUGAUUUGUGACCCAGUAUGUGAUCUGUUCUGGAGAAUGUUCCAUGUGGACUCAAGAAGAAUGUGUAUUCUGGGGUAUCUGGGUGGCUUAGUCAGUUAAGUGUCUGCCUUCGGCUCUGGUCGUGAUGAUCCCAGGGUUCUGGGAUCAGGUCCCGCAUCUGGCUCCUUACUCAGCAGGGAGCCUGCUUCUCCCCCUCCCUGCCGUUCCUCCUGCUUGUGCUCUGUCAAAUAAAUAAAAUCUUAAAAGGGGGGGGGGGCACCUGGGUGGCUCAGUUGUUAAGCGUCUGUCUUCGGCUCAGGUCAUGAUCCCAGGGUCUUGGGAUCGAGCCCUGCAUCAGGCUCCCUGCUCAGCGGGAAGCCUGCUUCUCCCUUUACCACUCUCUCUGCUUGUGUUCCUUCUCUCGCUAUGUCUGUCAAAUAAAUAAAUAAAAAUCUUAAAAAAAAAAAAAUGCAUUCUGCUUUAGGAUGGAAUGCUCUGAAUAUAUCUGUGAGAUCCAUCUAGUCCAGUGUGUCAUUCAAAGCCGUUUUUUCUUUGUUGAUCUUCUGCUUAGAUGAUCUGUGCACUGUAGUGAGUGGGGUGUUAAAGUCCCCUACUAUUGGGGUGCCUGGGGGCUCGGUCAGUUAAGUUUCUGCCUUCAGCUCAGGCCAUAGAUCUUGGGGUCCUGGGAUUCAGCCCUGAGUUGGAACCCUGGGAUUGAGCCCAGACUUCCUCAGUGGGGAGUCUGCUUCUCUCUCUCCCCCUCCCCACCUCUCCUGUGCUUUCUUUGUUCUUUCUCUCAAAUAAAUAAAUCUUAAGUCCCCUCCUAUUACUGUACUGUUAUCAGUGUGUUUCUUCAGUUUUGUUAAUAAUUGGUUUAUAUAAUUGGCUGCUCCCAUGUUAGGGGCAUAAAUAUUUACAAUUGUUAAUCUUGUUGGAUAGACUCUUUAAUAUAGUGUCCUUCCUCAUCUCUUAUUACCAUCUUUGGUUUAAAUUUAAAAUUUCAGGGGCGCCUGAGUGGCUCAGUUGUUUAACGACUGCCUUCGGCUCAGGUCAUGAUCCUGGAGUCCCGGGAUUGAGUCCCACAUCAGGCUCCCUGCUCAGCGGGGGGUCUGCUUCUCCCUCUGACCCUCCGCCCCUCAUGUAUUCUCUGUCAUUCUCUCUCUCUCAAAUAAAUAAAUCUUUAAAAAAAAUUUUUUUAAAAUUUCAUUUGUCUAAGGAUUGCCACCCCAGCUUUCUUUGAUGUCCAUUAGCAUGGUAAAUGGUUUUCCACCCCCUCACUUUCAGUCUGGAGGUGUCUCUGGGUCUAAAAGGAGUCUCUUGCAGACAGCCAUCAAUGGGUCUUUCUUUUUUAUCCAAUUCUCAUACCCUGUCUUUUGAUUGGGGCAUUUAGCCCAUUGACAUUCAGAGUAACUAUUGAAAGAUAGGAAUUUAGUGCCAUUGAAUUACCUAUAAAGUCACUGUCUCUGUAUAUUAUCUCUGUUCUUUUCUGGUCUAUGUUACUUUUGGGCUCUCUCUUCGCUUAAAGGAUCCCCUUUAAUAUUUCUUGCAGGGCUGGUUUAGUGAUCACAAAUUCUUUGUUUUUUUCUGGAAGCUUUAUGAUCUCUCCUUCUAUUUUGAAUGACUUCCUAGCUGGAUAAAGUAUUCUUGGCUACAUAUUUCUCAUUUAGUGCUCUGAAUAUAUCAUGCCAGUCCUUUCUGGCCUGCCAGGUCUGCUGCCAGUCUAAUGUUUCUCCAUUUUAGGUUAUAGACCUCUUGUCCCGAGCUGCUUUCAGGAUUUCCUCUGUCUCUGAGAUUUGCAAGCUUCACUAUUAUAUGUUGAGGUGUUGACCUAUUUUUAUUGAUUUGGGGGGGGGGGUUCUCUGUGCCUCCUGGACUUGAAUGCUUGUUUCCUUCCCCAGAUUAGGAAAGUUCUCAGCUAUAAUUUGCACGCCCCCCCCCCCCUUUUCUGGGAUCCCAAUUAAUCUAAUAUUGUUUCACUUUCUGGUAUCCCUUAUCUCUCAAAUUCUUCUCUCAUGAUCCAGUAGUUAUCUGUUUUUGUCAGCUUCUCAUUCCCUAUGAUUUUGUCCUCAUUAUCACUAAUUCUCUUCUGCCUCAUUUACCCUAGCAGUUAGAGCCUCCAUUUUUUUAUUGCAUCUGAUAGCCUUUUGAUUUCAACCUGAUUAGAUUUUAGUUCCUUUAUUUCUCCAGAAAGAAAUUCUCUAGUAUCUUCUAUGCUUUUUUCAGGCCCAGCUAGUGUCUUUGUAAUUGUUAUUCUGAACUCUAGUUCCAAUGUCUUACUUAUAUCUAUAUUGAGUAGGUCCCUGGUAAGUCAUUACUGCCUCUUCUGAGGUGAGUUUUUCCAUCUUGUGUGGUUGCCUUUCUAUUUGUAGAAUUGUAGCAAUUCUUUUUCUUAGAUCUCUGGGGGAGUUCACAGGUGUUCAGAAUGAUUUGAUGGAUAUGUAGCAGAAUUUCUGGGACCAAACUGAGUUCUCCUAUUCCUCCGCCAUCUUGGAAAAUCCCACCAUACUGUUUUUAUAGCAGCUCCACCAUUUUCUAUUUCCACCUACCGUGCACUGACAGUUCCAAUUUCUCCACAUCCUCACUGAUGCUUGUUUUCUGGUGGGUUUUUUUUUUUUUUUUAAUGAUAGCUUCCUAAUGGGUGUGAGAUGGUAUUUCGUUAUGGUUUUGAUUUGCAUUUCUCUAAUGAUUUGUGAUGUUGAGCAUCCCUUCCUGUGAUUAUUGGCCAUUUGUAUAUUUUCUUUGGAGAAAUGUCUGUUUGGAUUCUUUGGCGGGGGGUGGGGGGGAGUGGCAGAGAGAAUCUUAAAGCAGGCUCCACGCCUAGCACAGAGCCCAACAUGGGGCACAGUAUCAUGACCCUGAGAUCAUGACCUGAGCUGAGAUCAAGAGUUGGUCACUUAACCGACUGAGCCACCUAGGCGCCCCUGCCCGUUGCUGAAAUAGCUUUUUUUGUAGUUAAGUUUUAGAGUUCUCUAUAUUCUGAAUUAAUCCUUUAUCGUUUAUAUCAUGUGCAAAUAUUUUCUGUGAGUUGCCUUUUUACUUUUGUAAAAUUGUUUGAUCCAGGGAGGGGGACAAGGAGACUCCAUGCUGAGUGCAGAGCCCCACAUGGGGCUCGAUCCCACAGUACUGAGACCUGAUCUGAAAUCAAGUUAGACACUGCAAUUUUCAUGACGUCCAGUUUGUUUCUUCUUUUGUUGCCUGUGCCUUUGGUGUCAUAACUAAGAAAUCACUGCCAAAUCCAAAAUCUUGAAGCUUUCCCCUUAACGUUUUCUACAGAUUUUAUAGUCUUAGCUCUUACAUUUAGGUCUUUGAUCCAUUCUGAAUCAGUUUUUAUAUAUGGUAUUAGGUAAGGGUCCAGCUUCAUUCUUUUGCAUGUGGAUAGUUUUCCCAGAAUCAUUUGUUGAUGAGAAUCCUUUCCCCAUUUAAUAGUCGUAGCAUACCUGCUGAAAAUCAUUCGACCACAUAUUCAAGGAUUUAUUUCUGGGCUCUCUUUCCUAUUGGUGUAUAUGUCUGUAAUUAUGCCAGUACCAUAACUGACUACUGUAGCUUCGUAGUAAAAUUUGAAAUCAGGAUAUGUGAGGCCUCCAACUUUGUUCUGCUUGCUCAAGAUUGUUUCAGUUAUUUGGGUUCCUGUGGAAUCUCAGGGUGGAAUUUU